CCCGGACAAUCUCACAUUCACGCACGCGCAUCCAACUCUUUUCUUUUCUUUUUUUUCAUCUUCACCGUUUCAUACGAAACUCUUUACGAGGAGCGAACCUCUCUUUCUCUCUCUCUCUUUCUCUCAAAGAAGCCUCUUUUUUUAAUCUUUCUCCGGCCAAAGUGUGUGAGAUGCACAAGGAAAGACGUAAAAUGCCUGUUUCAAGCAACACGCAUAGGGUUUCACCUUACCCGCUUCGCUCUUGUAGAAACAAGAAACAGAAAGAAGUCGAGUCACCUGUUGAGUUAGAGAGUGUGAGUGAAUGGGAGGAUGUGAGGUGUGUCAUCUGUAUGGAGCCGCCUCACAAUGCUGUCCUCUUGCAGUGCUCCUCCUUCUCCAAAGGGUGUCGUGCUUACAUGUGUGACACUAGCGCCCGUCAUUCCAACUGUUUCAAGCAGUACCGCAGAAACAACACCACAAGCCGUUGCAGUGGCAAGACUCUAAACUGUCCAUACUGCAGAGGAGAGGUUCAGGGGACAGUGAAGUCUACGUGUGCUCGGAGAUUCAUGAAUGCUAGACCGAGGUGUUGUACUGUCGACAAGUGUGCUUUCUCUGGAACCUAUGCACAGCUGAAAAAUCACUUGAAAACUGAGCAUCCGGGUUUUACACCACCUAAGUUGGACCCUUGGGAGCAGCACAUGUGGGAGCAAUUGGAGAGAGAGGCGGAAUACAUUGAAUUGGUCAAUGCUCGUCAGAGAUGGGAUGCAGAACAGAGAUUGUUGGCCAGCUCUCUCCAUCAGCUUCCAUAUCGCCAUCCAAUGAUUGAUCUCAACUUUGAUGCCUUCAUGCAUAAUCUGCUCCUUGGUGCAACCAUUGAGAGCCGUGGGAGGAGCCAAGCAAGUCCUGACAAUCACCCAGCUCACAUACCCCGACUGGAGUUUCAUGCGCCCAUGUAUCCUAGAUGGACACCGUGAAGAUUCAAGUGCUGAGCGUAUGCUGAAUUCGUCAAAAGUUUUGAUGUCUCUCGAUUUUUUUCCAUAAUGUAAUCUUUAAUAGCGACAUCAUUUCUUGUUCUAGGCAUAAAUUUAUAUUGUUUGUAGUUUUAGAUUCUUCUGUUAAUGAAGUAUCCAUAGCUUGGGCUCA